AUGGGGACCACCGAAGCCACACUCCGGAUGGAGAACGUGGACGUGAAGGAAGAAUGGCAGGACGAAGCUCUGCCCAGGCCACUCCCGGAAGAGACGGGGAUGGACUUGCUUGGCAGCCCCACAGAAGACACGUCCUCCCCUCCCAACACGCUGAACUUCAACGGGGCUCAUCGUAAGCGAAAGACGCUGGUGGCCCCUGAGAUCAACAUUUCCCUGGACCAGAGUGAGGGCUCCCUGCUGUCAGAUGACUUCCUGGACACCCCCGAUGACCUGGACAUCAACGUGGAUGACAUCGAGACCCCUGAUGAGACUGACUCACUGGAGUUCCUAGGGAACGGCAAUGAGCUGGAGUGGGAAGAUGACACCCCCGUGGCCGCCGCCAAGAACAUGCCCGGGGACAGCGCGGAUCUGUUUGGGGACGGUUCGGCGGAGGAUGGCAGCGCAGCCAACGGGCGUCUGUGGAGGACGGUGAUCAUUGGGGAACAGGAACACCGGAUCGAUCUACACAUGAUCCGGCCCUACAUGAGGGUGGUGACCCACGGAGGGUACUACGGCGAAGGUCUCAAUGCCAUUAUCGUCUUUGCCGCCUGCUUCCUCCCGGACAGCAGCUCCCCCGACUACCACUACAUCAUGGAGAACCUCUUCCUGUACGUCAUCAGCAGCCUGGAGCUCCUCGUGGCGGAAGAUUACAUGAUUGUGUACCUGAACGGCGCCACGCCCCGGCGGAGGAUGCCAGGCAUUGGCUGGCUGAAAAAGUGCUAUCAGAUGAUCGACAGGAGACUUCGGAAAAACCUGAAGUCCUUAAUCAUCGUCCACCCAUCCUGGUUCAUCCGCACCGUUCUGGCCAUCUCCCGCCCUUUCAUCAGCGUCAAGUUCAUCAACAAGAUCCAGUAUGUGCACAGCUUGGAAGAUCUGGAGCAGCUCAUCCCCAUGGAGCACGUGCAGAUCCCAGACUGCGUGCUACAGUACGAAGAGGAACGGCUGAAGGCCAGGAGAGAAAGCGCAAGGCCACAGCCGGAGUACGUCCUGCCCAGGUCUGAAGAGAAGGCGGAGGCGGGGCUGGCGGAAGACAGGUCUGCUCUGGCCACAGAAGAUCAGGAAACGAGCAUGUCCUGA